ACAUCCAGCGCUAGUACUAUUGUAUGGUCGAGUAGAGUACCAUCGCAUGGUAUGAUCAGUACUCGUCAAGCUGUGGCGAUAGCGAAGUCACUAAGCUGCUCAGUUACAUUUCUAGUCGCGCUCUCGUGAGAAAAAAUGUGGCUCAAAUCAAGUUUGGCGAAAAUUGGGAUUAAGGCCAAUUGAGCAGAUGAAGUGGUUUCGCAAGCAGGGCGAAGCGCCCCGACUUUUGAGCCUUUCGCCGCUUCGCUCCGCCGAAAGCGACCAAAACCCCAAUGUUGAGAUACUGUCGCCCCCCAAGCACGUCAAACGGAGAUCGCGUCUUGAAAUGUCCCCAGCUGUAUGGGCCCGAAGGCAAAAUAACAAGAACGACACGAACUUUUACAACGUUGAGGACAGCGUCAUUAUUGUAGAAAAAUCGCGGAGACGGUACAAGUCGCAACCGCGGAGUGUCUCCGACCGGGAGAAACGCAACCCCCUUUUGGACCGGGUGAAGCACACGCGUCUGUCCUGCUUUCGGUCGAACUCAACCGCUUCGACCCUAACCGACGUGCCCUCGUGCAGUUCGGACCAAAACACAAGUGACAGCCAAAGCCUCGACUUGGAACUGUUGGGUGUUAGUGAUAAAUAUGACAGUUUGAACCGUGCUUCGUGUUUCACGGCCAAGUUGCGCGCAAUGUCCGAGCGGUAUCUCCAGUCUUCCACCAGCAAGUUCCUAAACAAACUUUACAAGAGUCCGGGGCCUCUGGCCGAGUCCACUCCGGUCAAAAAUCCAAGACGCAAGAAGAACCUCCGGGCGAAGCUGCGGAGCUUCUCCUACGGCGCGCUUCCGGGCCUUGAGGAGUUCCAAGCGCAGGAGCCCGAGAUUUUGGAUGACGAAGACGAGCGGCUGCUGCUCGUCGACCAUGAAGACUCCGACAGUGGGAUCAUAGUCAACGAUUCGGGACUCUCCGACACUUUCAGCGGGAACAGCGAAUCCACACGCCGGAACCACCCGCAGAGAGCGCUGUCUUUGGACCGGCGCGAGAUCUUCCGAAACUUUUCCGAGAAGAAAACCACGACUUUGGUCCGACUCGUCAAACGCUCGCCGGACGAAGAACUCGGCAUUUUCCUCACGAAAAGUCGAGAGGUUUUCCACGGAUUCGUCGUCGCGCACAUUGUGCCGGACGGAGUCGCGGCCAGACAGUCCAGCCUUAUGCCGGGCGAUGAGGUGAUCAGCAUCAACGGGCGCGACAUCUCCGCCUUGAACAUGUCGGAAGCGAAGCAAUCGCUGUGCACCUCCAACCUGCAGGUGGACCUCCUGGUCUGCCGCAAGGCCAUGAAGGAGAGUUUCGUGGACUCGACCCCAAGCCCGCUCUACAAACGCCACCACUACUUCCAAAAGAACAGCUCCAGCCAUGGCAGCUACAACAAAGUCCUCCGUCGAGCUGUGGCCUCGACCACGAAAAACACGGAAUCGCCAUUCCCUUCUAGUCCUCAAACCGAAACGAACUUCUGUACCCUCCCUCGACGGCCCCGCUCGACGAUUUGCACCUUCCACACGGUGAUACUUGAAAAAGGGCCCGGGAGGAAGUCCCUAGGAUUCACUAUCGUGGGCGGUAGGGAUUCCCCCAAAGGUGCGUUGGGGAUUUUCGUGAAGACGAUCCUGGCCAAUGGACAGGCGGCAGAGGACGGGAGGUUGAAAGCAGGUAAGUUGUUUUGUUGGCACGUUGAAAAAACUUAUCUCGCGUUCGAGGUGACGAAAUUUUGGCCGUUAAUGGACAAGUCUGCCAUGAUAUUUCGCACGCGGAUGCUGUUCUUUUGUUCAAAAGUGUCAAGAACGGGCCGAUUGCCUUGCACGUCUGCCGAAGGAACAAAGCGAAAUCUUUGUCGACCAAAGCGAAAUCCUGUACAAAUCUCCAAGCGAGUUGAGCCAUAUCUUAAAGAACUGAAGUAAUUUUAUGUGCAUUGGGUUUGUGAUACUUGUAUUUUAAUAAAACUUUUUUAUAAAA